AUGGCCUGGGAAUGCCAACGAAGUCCUUACUUACGUCAGUUUGAAUCAAAAGUUGUUUCUUGUACACCAGCAAAGCUAGAAGGCAAAAAUGGCUUUGAUGUCGUGUUGGAAGACACAAUCCUUUUUCCUGCCGGAGGUGGUCAGCCGGAUGAUCGUGGAACAAUUAAUGAAGUGCCGGUUCAUGACGUUCGUAGAGAUGGCUCAAAGGCAGUUCACUUUACUGAGAAAUCAUUAGAAGUUGAUGCCAAUGCUCAUAUUGUCGUAGAUUGGAAUAGAAGAUUCGAUCAUAUGCAACAGCAUACUGGCCAGCACUUAAUAACUGCAGUUUUUGAAAAUCGUUAUGGAUAUAAGACUCUUUCAUGGAAUCUAGGAAAAGUUAAAUCAAGCAUAGAAUUAUCAUGUAAAUCGAUGACUCAGGAGGAAAUUGAUUGUGCAGAACUAGAGAUUAAUAAAGCUAUUAAAGCUAAUACUCCAGUUAGUGUGCAUCUCUACGAAAAAGACGAUCCGGGAUUGGAGAAAAUACGCAGUAGAGGUAUCCCAGAUGAUUUUGCUGGACCUGUUAGAGUGGUUGAAAUUGAAAAUAUUGAUGCGAAUACAUGCUGUGGUACACAUCUAGCAAAUUUAAGUCAUCUACAAAUGAUUAAGUUACUGCAUACUGAACCCACACGAGGAUGUACAAGGAUUCAUUUUCUUGCUGGUAAUCGUGUAAUGAAUACUCUAUGCAGUAUGAUUAAUACGGAGAGAAAGUUAACUCAAAUACUGAGCUGCGGUCCAGAAGAUCAUGUGGAUCAAGUUCAAAAAUUACAAAAGACUGCCAAAAGUUCACAAAAAGCGGCCCGUAAUUAUCUCAGAGAAAUUGCCACUCUCGAAGCUGAGAAAUUUAACAAUACUAGCGAUUUGGUGCUGUGCGUCCAUAGGGAAGAUGGAGAUAUGGACUUUUUGAAUGUAAUCAAUUCCAAAAUAAGAAACAAGAAUGCAAUCAUUUUCCUGUCCGUUGGAUCAAAUAGCACGGGAGGACAAUUCCUACUGACUGGCCCGCCAAGUCUAAUCGACAAGAUUGGACCUAGUGUUGCGGAAAGGUUACAGGGUAAAGGGGGAGGUAAAAAAGGUCGUUAUCAAGGCAAAGCUAAAGCUUUUAAUAAGAUAACCGAUGUCCAAGAGUUUGUAAAGAAUAGUGCCGUUGCUGAUAGUUCAUAA